AUGGAAACAAACAUAGAGGAAGCGCUCAGGUUUAAAGCAAAUGCUGAGAAGAAGUUUGCAGAGAGAAAUUUUGUCGGAGCUAGGAAUUAUGCUUUAAAAGCUCAGAUGAUCUGUCCAGAACUGGAGGGCAUUUCUCAAAUGGUGGCAACUUUUGGAGUUUACAUUGCUUCGGAGGCAAAAAUUAAUGGAGAAUUUGAUUUCUAUUCAAUUCUUGGUAUGGAUCCAUCUGCUGACAAGUCUAAGUUGAAGAAACAGUACAAGAAGAUGGCAGUUUUGCUCCAUCCUGAUAAGAAUAAAACUGUGGGUGCUGAUGGGGCUUUCAGACUCGUGUCAGAAGCGUGGAAACAUUUAUCCAAUACUGUUAAAAGAAGCUCUUAUGAUCACAGGAGAAAUUUGUAUGCCAGCCAAGCUGCUGGGACCUGUGCUUAUGACAUUUAUUCCAAGCUUGCAGUUUCUCAUAGCAGACUUGACACAUUUUGGACCGUCUGUACUACCUGUCGCGUUCAAUAUGAAUAUCUCCGGAAAUAUGUGAACAAACGGCUUUCUUGUAAAAAUUGUCGUGGCAUCUUCAUUGCUGUUGAAACUGGAGUAGCCCCAAUAAAUGGUUCUUUCUCUUAUAGUCCUAGCUCUUAUGUGUCUGAGAAUGGUUAUGGAAGUCAUGGUCGUGGAGCUGCAUAUAUCCCAACAACCACUGGAUAUUGUGCGCCUAAUGGAGUCUCAGGACAUCAUACUGGAUGUGGAGCUGAGUAUGUCUCCAAUUUAUCAUUUCAAUCUAACUCCUUUCCUGGAUAUUCUGUUGACAUUUUAGAUCCUAAUGGAUCGUCUACAUCAUCCGUUAACUUUCAUCAAGCGAAUAAGAAGGCAAAUAAAACAAAAGCCAAUGGAAACCACCACAAGGUAAAGGCUGCUGUUGAUAUUGUUCCCACCCCAUGCACUGAAUAUAACGAAAUAUCAAGACCGAAGCGUGGUAGACCUGCCAAGAAGAUAAAAGUAGACUUGACAAGCAGUAAGGCUAAUGGACAUGAAGAACUGUCCAAAGACACUGUUUUGGAAACAAAAAUGACCUCUGGAAAUGGGAACUUGAAGCAUAAUUCUAAGCUUUACUCGCCAGCUGAGACUUCAAUCAGACGCAGUUCCACUGCCCCUCCAUUUGAUGCUAGACAAUUGUUAAUUGACAAGGCAAGAUCAGAAAUCCGCCAUAAACUUGAAGAGAUGAGGUUGACUUCAGAAGCUGCAGCGGCAGAGGCUUUGAAGAAGAAUACACAUGCUGAAGUUGAUAAAUCCAGUGAAGCAGCCAAAAUAUCAGGUUCAAUUGUUACUGGCCGUCAAGCAGAACUGGAGAGAACUUUUUCAAUGUCAAUAACAGUUCCAGAUUCAGACUUUCAUGAUUUUGACAAGGAUAGAUCAGAAGACUGUUUUAAGCCCAAGCAGAUAUGGGCCCUCUAUGAUGAAGAAGACGGUAUGCCUCGCUUGUAUUGUCUAAUCCGUGAGGUCAUCUCAGUCAGUCCAUUUAAGAUACAUAUUGGGUACUUGAGCUCUAAAACUGAUAAUGAAUUUGGGUCAGUGAAUUGGUUGGAUUCUGGGUUUACCAAAUCUUGUGGAAAUUUUAGGGUCUAUCAUUCAGAAAUUGUGGAGCAAGUCAACAUCUUCUCGCAUCUUCUUGGUAGAGAGAAAGCUGGUAGGGGUGGUUGUGUAAGAAUCUAUCCAAGAAGUGGAGACAUUUGGGCUGUAUAUCGGAACUGGUCACCAGAUUGGAACAGAACUACCCCGGAUGCAGUGAAACACCAGUAUGAAAUGGUUGAGGUUCUUGAUAACUAUUCUGAAGAGCUUGGAGUCUGUGUCGCUCCUCUAAUACAGCUAGUUGGAUUCAAGACAGUAUAUCAGAGGAACACCAACAAGAAUGCCAUUCGGUGGAUUCCAAGAAGAGAAAUGUUACGAUUUUCGCACCAGGUGCCAUCUUGUUUACUUAAAGGCAUAGACACUAAAUUACCUGAAGGUUGCUGGGAUCUUGACCCUGCUGCAACUCCAGGCGACCUUCUUGAGGGAGAAACUGGACCUCAUGACAAUGUAAUUCCUAAUCGAGUACAGAACUCUUUCAAAGCUCCAGAUCAACAAUGUCUUGUGGAAACUGUAGAUUGGGGAGAAAAAAUCAAUAAAACAAAUAACUUUUCUGCAAGUCCUGAUGACUGGUCCCCGAAGAGCAUCUAUAAGUCAUAUUUAGAUACACAGCCUAGAAACUAUCCUGGAGAACUUAGGAAUUCUAUUGACUUCUGGUUUACACAAAUGUUUCUUAUAUUUGAUCCUAACAAGUGCGGCAGUGGGAUUCAGCAGCAUGCCCUGCGCCUCAACUCUAAUACAGCUGUGCGGUUGGAUGUUGAUUUUCUGGGUAAAGGUGGGGUUCUGUGGGAUGCUGAGGGAUUUGUGGUUGCGGGGUAUACUCGCAGGCUUGCUUGCCACUUUUCUCUGGAAGACGCUGAGGCAUUAGCCAUGUGCUAUGGACUCUCUUUUGCUGUUCAGAAUGGCUUCAGCAUUUAUGGUGGAAUAUGA